GAACGGGAAGUAGAUGCAGCGUCUCUUUAAAGAAGCACUACUGAAGAAACUCAGACAGUUAGGAGCGUGACAACGGGAGGACAGAGACGGAGAAUCACCAUGAACGAGCUCAAAUGGAUUCAAACUUCUUUACUUCUCACAGCGCUGCUUCAGUUUGAUGCAGCAGCAGCUGUAGAUAAAGAAGUCAGAGUUGGAGAGGACGCCACGUUGUCUUGUGAAACUGCGAUACAAGGUCAACAGAAGUGUGAAUAUACGACAUGGCUCUUUGUUGAUUCAGGAAACACAGCAGCAGGAGACCUGGUUACACUUGGUCAGGUUAAAAACUCUGGAGUUAAAUCAGACAGACUGAGAGUUACAGAGGACUGUUCUCUGGUUAUAAAGAACAUCACAGAGGAGGAUGAUGGAUAUUAUGUCUGUCUACAGGACAUAUCAGGAAGAAGAACAGACAAUGUGACUCUAGUUCUUCUAUCUGUUAUCAAGAGUGACGACGCAAGAGAAACAACAAGACCACCACCACCAACAACAACAACAACAACAACAGAUCAACACGGCAAUUGUACAGGUUCUUCUGAUCUGGACUUGGUCAUGUUGGCUCUGCGUGUGGCUGAACUCCUCCUGAUUACUGUGAUCACUGUUCUUCUCUUCAGAGCUCGAGGGAACCAGAGACCACCUGAUGACAUCACUGUGUAUUAUGAUGGAGAUGAAGGCUCAGUGAACUAUGAAAAUGAUGGAGAACCUUCUGCUUCUGUCAGACUCCACUGAUCAACAACUUCCACACAAACAUCCACUCAGCAGAUACAUUAAUCCACCGCUUUCAAUCAUUUCUAUAUCGUACUUUUGAGCAUAAAAACAUGGAUCCACAUUUCAUUUGAGGUACUAAGUGAGGAUUUAAUAAAUGUACUGAAAUAUGAAGUUGAUAUUUGUUACGGCGUCCUUAACCAAAAUUAUUAAACCAAGGCUCAAAACUCAGAGACCGAAAACAUACAAGGACGCCACAAAGAUUUAAAGUUCAACCCGAGCUUUAUUUAAUGUAAAUACCACUCUCCCCCCAAAGUAAUCAAAGAUAAAUAAUAAACUAAAGAAACAAAAGGGGCUGGAGACCCCGACAAAAAAAAAAAAAAAGAUGGGAAGAUGCUGAGCCAACCACGUAAUGUGUCGUCGUUAUGGCACCUCCCCCUAAAACUACCAAAGAAGAAAAGAUUAAACUAAAGAAACAAAAAGACCCAAAAUAGGACUAACAGUGAUCUCCAGUCCAAACUCAAAUAAUAAAACCCAACAAUGUUAACAUAUGUGGGGAAAACCAGUAAAACUGGGAAACAAAAGCUCCUCACCACAUCACUGCCCAGAGUGUGUGCGCCCCUAACUCUCCUACCUGGCUCCUCUAAAUACCCCUCCCCCUCCUCCUCCUCUUCCUCCUCCUCCUCCUCCUCCUCACUGAGCACAGAUUGUACUCAGGUGAGCAGCAGGUGAAGGAGGAGGGAUAAUCAGGGAGAGAGAGAGAGAGUAGGUGUGUAGCAGGUAGAGAUAAAGAGAGAGAGAGAUCAUCACUUGGGGGAAUCUUCAGUUUUUGCCAACAUGGAAGAUAAUAAUUUUGUAGAAAGCUUCAUUUGUAUAAAGUUCUUCAUAUUUUUGAGUGCCUUUAAAUGUCAGUAUAACCAAAUUUUAAUCACUAUGUCAAAUUAACUUUCAUGUCUUAUUGUUGCUUCAAUAUAUUUGAUUGAAUGUGUAUAUUUUACUUAAAGGAGAUCUAUUAUCCUCACUUUCACCAUUAAUCCUGUCAGUCUGGGACACCUAUUGAGUAGUGUUGUGAGAUGUGUAACUCAUAAACUUUCUUAUUUUUCUCAUACUGUCAUCAUUGAAAUCCCAAAUUUCAACCUCUGCCUGAAAUGGUUCAUUUCAGCGUCUGUCUCUUUAAGACCCCCCCCCCCCCCCCCCCCCCCCCCCACGUGCCCACUUUACUCCGAUUGGCCAGCAUUUCAGAAGCUUCCUGCGGGAGAACCAAUGAGCUUCCGGUUGGGCGUGUCCUUGAAAGAGCUGGUGGUCAUUUCCUGCAACUUUACCCCAUGUUUUGUUCUGAUGCAUCAGUGGCUAACUUUCACGACUUUUCCUUUAACGUCUCGUUCAGAGCAGCAGGAAACCACGUCCGGGGAUUACACCAACAUCUGUGUAUAAUGUGUUUAAAAAAAUGUUGCAGAGGUUAUUAUGGUAUUAUGCUCAUUAUAUGUAUGUUUUUAAAUAUGGAUCAGUAUAAUAGAUCUCUUUUAUUAUUUUUCAGUCUUCAGUCUGUAAUAAUCAUGUCUUUAUUAAAUCAUAUUAAAUCUGCAUAUAAAUAAACAUUUACCACUUAA